UGGAAACCCUAAUCUCGUCAGGCUAGAUUCUCUUACGUCCCCUGUCAACCGCAACCAGAGACUUUACUUUCUGUAGGCAAUCAUGGGAGGCAAGCUGAAGAAGAGCGAAAACGAAGCCAUGGCUGAAUACGAAAACGACGUUGAGUUAGAUACCAGCGAUAAAAAGAGAGAUAAGAGGAAGAAGAAGAAUAAAGAGGGAGAGGAGAAGAGGGAGAUACUUCCAUCGAUGAUAAAGAACAAGGAGAAGAGAUCAGUCGUUCAUGCUAAGCUCAAGCACUUGAAGAAGGUUGAGAAGCAAAAAAAGCUCAAGGCUCGAGAUGCCUCUGAGAAGCGCGCUCUCGAGCUGGGCGAGGAGCCUCCUCCAAGGCAGAUUCCUCGCACCAUUGAGAACACCAGGGAGUUUGAUGAGACUAUAUGCAAGCCAGAUGACGAUGAGCUAUUUGCUGGUAAUGAUACUGAUGAGUUUAGUUCAGUUCUAAGACGUGAACGAACUCCGAAGAUAUUGAUCACCACAUGCCGAUUCAAUUCUACUAGGGGACCCCUUUUUAUAUCAGAACUGCUUUCAGUGAUCCCAAAUGCAAUUUACAAGAAGAGAGGAACUUAUAAUUUGAAAGAUAUUGUAAAAUAUGCAAGCAACAUGGAAUUUACUGCUAUUAUUGAUGUUCAUACUAACCGCAGAGAACCAGAUGCUCUCCUGAUCAUUUGCUUGCCUUAUGGACCUACUGCACAUUUCAAGCUUUCCAAUCUUGUUUUACGCAAGGAUAUAAAGAAUCAUGGAAAUCCUACAAAUCACAAGCCUGAGCUGGUUUUGACUAACUUUACAACACGCUUAGGUCAUCGUGUUGGGAGACUAAUACAGUCACUUUUCCCUCAAGAACCUAAUUUCCGUGGUCGGCGAGUUGUAACUUUUCACAAUCAACGGGAUUUUAUAUUCUUCCGCCAUCACCGGUACAUCUUUGAAACCAAAGAAUGCAAACAAAAUGAUUCAAAAGGCCAAAAGGGAAAAGAUGCCAAGGGGGAGAAGAUCUCUCAAGAAAAAGUAGUUGCUCGCCUUCAGGAAUGUGGUCCUCAAUUUACACUAAAGUUGAUAAGUCUACAGAAUGGAACCUUUGAUACCAAAAGUGGCGAGUACGAAUGGGUUCACAAGCCGGAAAUGGACACUAGCCGAAGGAGGUUUUUCCUCUGAGUUGCAUCAAAGAUCAUUCAAGUUUCCAUUUGUUGAAGAGGUACAAGCAAUUAUGGUUAAUGGGGUUGGUAGCCGAACCCAUGAUGUUUUGGAGCUGCAAUUCAUUAAGUUCAUCAAUUGUUCAUUCAAUGAGAUUCUGCAGUUACAAUUUUGUUUUCCUUUCAUAAUUAUUUUAUUAUUUUCCAUAAUAGAUAUCACCUUUCGUGUCAA